AUGAAAAAUUACGAGAUUAAAGCGGAGGAAUUUGCUAAUGCUUAUAUCGAACUUGAGUCUCGUUGCAUGACCCAAAGCUCAUCAUGGGUUCUUGAGUUCUUAAUUGAGCUUGCACCUGAAAUCAAUUUUUCAAUUCCACCUGAUAAUAUCAAAGUAUCAUUCGCAAAGACACUUUUUAGAAAUGGAGAAUUCAAGCGUGUUCAGUUCUUAUUGCAGAAUGAAACAGAUCAGAAGUCUCAAACAAUUUAUUUCUUAUCAAAGUUACUUGACACACAAAGGCAGUUACAACAAAGCAUUCCUGAUGAUUCAACAUUCAUCGGUGAUCUUGCUGUCUCAACAAAAAACAUGUUUGAAGCUUAUGAUCUAAUAGUUAAUGAAGCAAGACCAUAUGUUAGCAAUUUCGACGCACUCAAUUUAUACAUAUUUGCUCUCAUGCUCACAAAAUCAGGAAAAUUCGAAGAAGCUCUUAAAUACUUAAUUCAAUCAUUAAAUCAAUUUCCACUUAAUCAUAGUGGAUGGAAACUUUUGAUAAAUAUAUUAAUAAGAUUCGAUAAUAAUGUUAUCGGAAAUGCGCUUUCUCAGCUUCCAGCUCAUAUUACCUCGGAAAUUUUCAAGAUAGAAUUAAAAUCUCAGCUUCAAAUGGAAGAUGCAUCAGCACUCUUUGCAAAACUCAAUUUACCAAGAGUGGCUCCUGUUAUUGCUCUUGAAGCUUCAAUUCAUUAUUAUGGAAGGAAUUUCGAGCAAUCAGCACUGUUAUUUGCUGAACUUCGUAAUAAAUAUCCUCUCAGACUCGAAUCAUUAGAAUUAUUCUCACAUUUACUAUUUGUCAAAGAAGAUUUGGCUGCAUUAUCAGAAUUAGCCCAAAAAUUAGUUCAAAUUGAUAAGUUCAGGCCAGAAACACUUACAGUUCUUGGUAACUUCUUCGCUCUCAGCGGCCGCCAUGAAGAUGCCAUUGAACAAUUCGCAAUGUGCUUGAGAUUUGAUUCUGACUUCAGUUUUGCAUGGACAUUGAUCGGUCAUGAAUAUAUUGAGCUUCAGAACUCAUCAGCAGCUACAGCUGCCUACAUCAAGGCCUUCGAAUCCAACCCACGUGACUUCAGAGCUCUAUAUGGUCUUGGCCGCGCGUUCGAAUUAUCACGUAUGCCAUUCCACGCGAUUCUCUUCUAUAGAAAGGCUUUGACAGUCAAUCCAUCAGACUCAAGGCUUUGGAUGGCAUUAGGAGAAUGUUAUGAAGAAUUACUACAAUACGAAAACGCCAUUAAAUGCUACCAAAGAGCUGUUUGCAACACAGAUAGUGAAGGAACAGCAAUUUACAAACUUGGUAAACUGUAUAAGGAAACAAAUGAAGAUGAUAAAGCCGCAUUUUGUUUCGAGACAUUCGUUGGAAAGAAGAAUGUCAUUGAUGCAAGAGAGGAUAGUGAAAGAGUUGAUAACGAAAGAGAAGCAGUUUCAUUCCUUGCAAACUAUUAUCUCGCGAAGAAGAAAAUUGAUAAAGCAAAUAUUUAUGCAAACAUGAUGCUUCAAGAUCCGAGUAUGGCACAGGAUGGAAAGACUCUUAUGAAAGAUAUUAAUGCUCUCAACAAAGCUUAA